AUGUCACAAUCAACAGAACCUGUCGGAGGUGUUGAAAUAUCGGAUCAAUAUCUACCUUCAAACCUAUCAUUACCGUCAUAUAUUCCAUUACAUCGUUCAUUAGAACAUGAUUUUAAUAGAGUAUUUAGGAACACUUCUAUUUCAAAUAAUGAUCUAACUGAACAAUCAAUAAGACAACAUAAACAAAUAGCUUUUAAAUAUAUUGAUUAUAUUUUAUCACAAGAGUUACUAGAAUUUAAUGAAGAUACUUUAUUUAAUUUUUUAAACACUUAUACAAAUUUAGUUUUAUCAAAUAGAAAAAUAUCAAAGAUCGAUGAAUUAAAGAAUGAUGAUGUUUUAAAAAUGUAUAUAUCACCAGAAAAGGAAUUGAAUUUAUCAACAAUUUCACAAUAUCAUGAAUCAAUUAUUCCAGAUGUUGAAGAUUAUAUCAAUGCAAAGAAGAGAGAAAUUUUAUAUUCAAAAGUUAGAACAAUUAAAUUUUUUGAAAACGAUGAAUUUUAUAAACUUUUGAGAGGUUUAACUUUUGUUAUGAAAAAACCGGAAGAUCCAAUACCAGAUGAAGAAGAUGAAGAAGAUGAUUCAUUAGGAGUAAGUGGUGGUAAAGUAUCUUUAAAAGAUCCAAUUACAUUAAAUAUUUUUAAAGAUCCAGUUAUUUCUAUAUGUCAUCAUACUUUUGAAAAACAAAGUAUUCAAAGACAAUUAAUGGAAAAUAGAAAUCAAUCUUUUAUUUGUCCUAUAUCUGGUUGUGAUCAACCUUUAAAUUCUAAUAGUUUUACUGUUGACAAAUUAAUGAAAGCUAGAGUCAAAGCCUUUUCCAGGAUGGAAAAAAAUAGCAAUGACCAGUUGGAUAUAGUUACAUAA